AUGAAGGAAGAAGAGGAAGAUAAAGCGUUCUUUGAAGGAAUAAUCUGUUCUGAAACAAAAAUAGAUUUAUUUAAUGAGACUUUGGAAUUAAAUGAAAUUAUGGAGGAGGAAUUGGAGAAGGAGGAGGAGAAGAUUGGGGAGAAUUGCGGGAAUAUUGGGGAAAUGAAGGAAAAGGAUAAAGAAGAAAAUGAAGGCGAAUUAAAGGAUAAUAAUGAAUUUUUGGAAAAUGAUGAGGGGAAAAUUGAUAAAUUUGAAAAGGAUUUGGGAAGGGAGGAGAAUGAAAAGGAGUUGAAGAAGGAUGAGGAGAUAAUGCCGAUAGAAGAUUGUUUUGAUGAAAAAUCAGCAGAAACAACGGAAGAAGAAAAGAAAACAACAAAAUCAGAACAAGCUGAAAUGACAAAAGAAGUUAAGCAAUCAAUUCCUUUAAUUCCUCAAUCACUUCCAGAACACCAAUUAAAUAAUGCUUAUAUUCCUCCUCCAAGUCGAAUACCCUCAGCAAUUCCUUCAACAAUUAAUGGAAAAUCACCAAAAAUUCCUUUAAAAUUUUCUUCUUCAAAUAGAAAAACUUCUUCAAAUAAUUGUGUAAAACCUCCACCACUUCCACCUAGACCACCUCCACAAAUUAAUGGACAGAGUAAUGGAACUACGCCUGUAAUGAAGGAAUCUUUUUUGACUGUAAUGGCAGCAAAAAGAAAAGCUGCUUCGGGGAUUGCUAGAAGACAGAAACUGAAUGGAAGGCAAGUUUUUAGAAAAAUGAAAGGGAAGAGGAUUUGAAGGAAUAGGUUGAUAUGGGGAACUUUGAAACUUAUGACCCGAUCUAGGCGAAUGUAAAGGCUUUCCUAAGGCUGUGCAGUAGGUGGCGUAGUGUAAUGGAUAACAGAUCAGUUCG